AUGAUGGCAGCUGCGGCCACGGGCAAUGCGUACUACGUCGAGGAAGAGUAUGAGCUCGCGGUGCAAGCGUACACGGCGGCGCUGAAGGAAGACGCGGCAAGCGCCGACGCUCUCUCCAAGCGCGCCGCUGCCUACCUCAAGCUCAACCAGCUGGAGCCUGCGCUCCGGGAUGCGUCCGCGGCCGUGGCCCUGGACCCGUCGCUCCUCAUGGCCUACCAGCGCCAAGGCGUCGCGCUCUUUGGUCUUGAACGCUUUCGCGAGGCCAAAGCUGCCUUUACGAUCGGCAAGGACAAGGCUGGCAACCACGACCAAGCGCUCGCGCGUUUCAAGACAUGGCUGCGCAAAUGCGACGCCGAGCUCGAAGACGAGGAAGAUCUUCCGGAGCCAAAGGCCGUGGCUCCAGAGCCCGUGCCCGUGGCCGCGCCGUCCAAGCCCGCCCUUCGCCACGAAUGGUAUCAAAGCGGUACGCACGUAACGCUCUCGCUGAUGCAAAAGGGUCUCAAGCCGGACGACGUGACGGUGACCUUUUCGCCCAACCAUCUGCACGUGCAAUUCCGCAUCGAUGGCGAGAUCGUCGAUGCGUUCCAGAAGCAGCUCAAGCGCGACUGGAACAAGAUUGACAAGACGAUUGCCGAAGAGCUCGAAGCGGAGAAGCCCGAGGGUGAGGCGGCCAUGCAGAAGCUUUUUGCCGACAUUUACGCCAAGGCCGACGAGGACACGCGCCGGGCCAUGAACAAGUCCUUUCAAACGUCGGGCGGGACUGUGCUCUCGACCAACUGGAAGGAAGUCAAGGCAAAGGACUAUGAAGAGGAAAAGCCCGUGCCCGAAGGCAUGCAGUGGAAGAAGUGGGGCUAA